AUGGCAACCCUCCAGAACAAAACAAUCGUAAUAGUUGGCGGUUCUUCUGGUAUUGGAUUUGCGGUCGCCUUAGCGUCUCUUCAGUCGUCUGCGAAGACGGUGAUCAUUGCGUCUAGCAAUGAAGCUCGUGUGCAUGACGCCGUCGCUCGUUUAAAGUCGCACAAUCUCCCUGGAGAAGUGCACGGAGAUGUCGUCGAUGCUACGAACUCAGAAGCGGUCAAGGCGUUUGCAGGUCGCAUCGGAACUGUCGACCACAUCGUCUGGACUAGCGGAGACAUUCCGCCAAAGUCAGGAUUGAAUGAAUUUCCCUUUUCAAAAGUCGAAACACCUGAUGAAGGUCAAGCCGCGUUUACUGUUCGGUUCUGGGGUCCCAUUGUUCUUGCAAAACAUGCCAAAUUCCACCCGGGAGGGUCGUUAACUUUAACUUCUGGGACCAAUGGUUUGCGGCCCAUGCCAGGCUCACACCUGAUGGCUGGAAUGAUCACUGGCUUGGAUGGGCUUACUAGGGGAUUGGCGGUGGACCUGGCCCCCGUCCGUGUUAAUCUGAUUAGUCCUGGACUGAUUAUCACUGAGAUUAUGGACAAGCUAAUGGGUGAAAAUAAGGAUACGGUGCUCAAAGCUUAUGGUGAAAAGAUUCCCCUUAAAAGGGUAGGGGAGCCUAGCGAGAUCGCAGAGGCAUAUUUGUUUUUAAUGAAAUGUGGAUAUAUCACGGGUCAACGGAUAGACAUAGAAGGAGGGAUCCUACUAGUCUAA